AAGUUGUGAGUAAAUUCUAUCUUUGUUCAUUCAGCUGGUCAGUUACAUUGCCACUCUGUGCCUUUCUGCCACCACCAUUAUCGUCUCUGUGGUCUUAUCUUCCUCUUCGUCGUCAUCAUCGUCGUCGUUUUGUGAUCGCUAUUGCCCUGACCGCUAUGACGUCACUACUUUGUGGAAUAUUUUCCCGUGGGGCUCAUCACAAGCCGGCACGUUCAUCCUCUGUGUUCUAUCUGCCGCUGGUAGGCCAGAGCGGGAUGGAACUCUACGACCAGCCCAGCCGGGGCCAGCAGGACUAUGACGUGCCGCCCGUCAACCGAGGCUCGGUGGACAGUGGUGGGGGCGGGGCCCUGAGCUCUCGGCGGCCGUCACGUGACUCACUACGUAGUUCCGGCGGUUCUCGCGCUGCCUCACUGGGUGAUGAUCUCUACGACACGCCCCCUAGCAGCAAACGUGGCUCGGCGGAGACUGCUGGGGGCCUCUAUGACACUCCCCCUAGUAGCAAACGCGCUUCUAGCGAGAGGACUCCGCCACACAGCAACCGCUCGUCUGCCUCACGAGAAUCUGGGGGUUCAAACCUACUGACUGGUGCCGGUUCGGGGAGUCAGCUGUCCCUGAGUCAGCAGCACAGCGCCAGCAACAUGAGCCUGCCCACCGUAGUGAGGAGACGGAGUGGUUCGCACUGCAGCGAGAACUGCUACGAGACGCCGCCCGGGAGUAACCGGUCUUCUCUGGAGAGAAUCCUGUCGGAAGAAGGACCUCCGAUCUACGACACACUGUCGCCCGCUAUCUCGAGCGAGCAGCUGGAGGCAGGGGAAGCAACCUACGACACUCCGCCCACGCGGACACACACACUGUCCCAGGCCAACCCAGCCUCUCAGAUGAGCCUGCACUCUGCGUGCUCUAGCGAGUCGCUCCUGUCCAACACAUCAGGCGUCAGCAGCGCCCAGCUCUCCCACUCUGCCAGUCUUCCUGACUCCGCCCGCUCCUCUAUGGACCUCCCGGCAGAAACUUACGACGUGCCACCAUCUUUACAGGACGGAGAGAAGUCUCGCAAACAGCUAUCCACAGAUUCAGGUCUGGGUUUUUACGACAGUCCCGUCAAAUCUCGUCCAUCGUCUUCCACACCCAGACAUUCAUCAGAUGGUCUGAAGUCCUCUCAGUCUUCAUUUGACUGCAAACCCUCGCCCGGGGUCAAGGACAUCAAGCGUAGUAAGAGUCUGGAACAUGCCUUAGAUGACUUGUACGAUGUUCCCAAAAAUAACGCUCCCAAAAUCAACCUGAAGAAGUCGAUGACGUCGACCGGCUACGGCUCCAACUCGGCCAUCAACGACCCCUCAGGCGUGUACGACAUCCCCCCACAGGUCACCAGAGAUUCCGUUAUCUCCAUGAGAUCUGACUCUUCGGAUGAGAACCAACGAUUUUCCUCCUCCAGCCUUGACCUUGAACAGCACCUGUCGGAGCUUCCUCUCUGGGAUGAGCUUCUCCUGGAUGUAGACUCGGCCCUGGAGGUUCUGGUCAAACGACAACAGGACGUCAACAAAGCUACCGGACGCCUGGCUGGCUUUGUCAAUGGCUCAUGGCGGUCACGCGCCAGUCUAGAGAAGACGCUGUACGACAUUAAAGUGUCUUGUUCUCUUGUCAAGAACUCGUUACACGACUAUGUCAGUUUCUCUCACGGGGCGGUGGCCAAUGCGGCCAAGUAUGCUGACCGGCAGCUGGCCAUGCGCCUCAACAAACUGGUGUCCCCCCUACAGAGCACACUGGAGUUUGUCAAGAGAUCCUACGCCAACCUGGAAGACAUGAAGUGGCAGGUUUCUCUUCUGGCCGAGCCCCUGGACAAGACAAAGUCUGACGACCUUGGACAGAUAGCGCUGGUGGCCAAAGACCUGAUGCCAGAGGUCAAGAAAGUCUCUGCCUUCAUCCAGGGCAACAGUUCCUUCAUAUUCCGAAAGUCUCCUGGAGUCGAUUCCAAGAAAGCAGGAGUGUUGUCUAAGCCUCCAAUUGGUCCAAAAGCUGGGGAGGUAGGUGGCGGGAGAGGAGGGCUCAUGUCUGGUUACGUGAAGCCCAAGAACAUGCAGCACCGCCCCCUUCCUGCCGUUCCAGGUAGUGAGAAGCCCAACUCCCCUUCCGUGCCUUCAUCCUCACAGCCAGUGCAGUACCCAAAACCCAAAAUGUCUAUGUACGACAUCAAGGCGGAGUUGCACAAAGACGACUACGCCGAGUGCGACGACCUUCCCGAGGUCACAGACUCUGACCUGAAGGACGUAAUGGAGCAGUGUGUCCAGGAAUACGACUACGUACAGUUGGACGCCCGUGACUCGCCGCCACCACCACCCGCCGACGAGUCCAAGACAACAGGACUCGAUACUGAAGACUCUGUAGAUGGCCUUGUGGCAGGGGAAGAGGUUCGAACCCCAACCAACAAGAACUCACAGGAGGACAGCAAAGUUGAGGAGACAGGUGUGAGUAAUGUGGCUAAUCGCCUGGCUGGUCUGUCUGUGUAUGACGCAGACGUGGACAUGGUGCCGGUCAGAGACAGUGGCGCUGGCGAGCCGGUUGUUGCUGAAAAUGUGGCAUCUUUGGGAGAACUCAACAACAGUUCUGCCGAGGACAGAGUCCCAGCAGCAGCUCAGUCUGAGGGUUGUGUCGACUCAGAUAACUUGCCAGAGCCGACAUCUCCAGAAUCGGACCAGAAAACUCCCGUAAAUGUUGAAAGUUCUGAGGAAGCUUCUAACUUUAUCCUUCCUUCGGCCAGCCAAACACCCGGCGAGCCGGAACCUCUUGACCCCAACGAUCGUCAGGUCCUGGCCUAUUACACUGACCAGAUCAACACCCAUUCCACUCUGCUGGCCAAUGCCAUUGACGCUUUCAUCGGUGUGGUGGGGAGCAACCAGCCUCCCAAUGUAUUUAUAUCCCAUGGAAAGUUUGUCAUUGUGUCGGCGCACAAGCUGGUGUACAUCGGCGACAGCAUUCACCGCAACCUCAUCAGCAACAGCAUCAGCACUCGCAUCAUGCACUGCGCCAACAACCUGUGUGACUGUCUGAAGGCCUCAGUCACCGCCACGAAAACAGCCGCCCUCCAAUACCCAUCUGUACCAGCCGUGCAGGACAUGGUGAACAAAGUGAUAGCUGUGUCACACGCAGCCCAGGACCUCAAGCAUGUUAUAACCCAGUCGGUCAAAUAGGCAACCCUCUCCGCCCAUGCCUGCCCCUUCUCUUCUUCCAACUUUGUGACAGACUUCAGCAGGUCCUUGUAGACAAUUUGUACAGACAGAAAUAAAUCAUGGACAUUAUUAUGUCAGAGACAGUUUGUACAGACAUGGAUAACUCAUGGACAUUGUUAGAUCGGAGACUUUUUGUACAGACAGAGGUAAAAUGUAGACUCAAAGAAAUCAUAGACACAGAGAGAUGGUAGACAUAAACAGAUGAUGUGUCAGCAGUUCUUGGUGUUUGUGUCUCAUGUGUUAAUUCUAAUCAGAAGGAAAAAAAUGUUCACCAAAUUCUUUGUGGAUAGAGAAAUGAAAUUGACUCCUUUGUUAAUUUCUGUCCGCAUGUUGGUUUUUUUUUCUGAGAAAUGAUCCAAUUUCUCAGCAUUGUGUUACUUACAUGGCGCAGUUUUGUCACAUUUAUGUCAGGACUAUCCAUGCUAAAACUUUGUGCUGUUGUGACGUCAUAGACACAAAGUGAGCAUUCUACUGUACGGUGACGUAGUUUGACCUUACGGGGUCAUGCUUGUGUCCCACAUGGCUGGGACUAUAUCUUGUCAUUCUGAUAUAUUUUUGCCCACUGCAUUACGGCUGGCUGUGGGACAAAAUCAUCGUGUGGAUGUUGUGUGAACAUAGGAUGGAUGUGUAGUUUAAGGGUGGACAUUAUGUGAACAUAAGGUGGAUGUUGUCUGAUUAUAGGUGUAUGUUGCCAGGAGAAAGUCAGGGUUGUGUGUUAUUGUAUAGUUAUGACUCUGUCACCACCAUCUCCAUUGUACACAUGUAUUGUCAUCCUCAUUGGGUCAUAGGUCACGGUGACAGUGUGUCAUAACAUCAGGACUGUCGUCUACUAUGUCCUGACAGAGAGACACGUUUGGUGUCUUUGUGCCAUCUGUUCCACCAAAGUAGGUCAAGGUCUCUCAGAGGUGGGAGGUCACGGCCCAGACAGAAAUGCAGCUGAACUUUUAAACAAAAACCUCACUUGCAGCAAUCAACAAAAUCUCAUUACUAACAUUCCCUCAUUGUCUUUGUAAAACUAAAAGUUAUUAACAAUUGAUUCUUUAAUAUUGCUCAAUCCCAGCUGUUUCCAGAAGGCCUGGUGUGUGUGUGUGUGUAUUGGCUUGUUUGUGUGAGUGUGUGUGUGUCACUGACACCCUGGUUGUCCUUGUACUGUGACAGUCCCUGAGCUCACACUUUACUGGGCUGUCCCUCAAGUCCCAAAUUACAAGAGGAACUUUUGUUUUUUUUUAGUAGUAGACAAAUAACUCGGCAAUCCAAGUACCCAAACACAUUUCAAACUGUCACAUGUGGUAUAAUGGGAAGCCUCUUCGCUAUUACUUGCAGAAGAGAUAGGUUUGAUUUCCAUGUGGGAAAGUUAUUUCAUCAGACAUUUCCAUCAGCUGCGAAUGUAUGUGAGCUGGGAGAGACAGUCCCUGUUUGACUCUUUGUCUCUCCUUCCAAAGGUUUCUAGAUCUAGUCAUAAGCUCCUCAUUGCAACAAAAUUUUCGAUUUUCGUCGUGCAGAGGAUUAUGAUCUGGUACCUUUAAGAGAAUUUAUCGUGUUUGUGUCUGCGGAUGUGUUGUUUUGUACCCAUCAGAAUGAGCACGUUCUUUUUCUCUGCUUUCAGAAAGGGCUACAGAAGAUCAGAAUUUUCAGAAAUGUGACAAUGUCAGUUUUUCUUUAGAGUGGAACUCUUUAUCUGUUCGUAGUAUGGAUACAGUGCAGAGGGUUUUUUUUUCUGAAUUGGGAGCAAUAUUUCCCUUUGCUUUUGUUGUAUUUGCAAGCAUUAUCAUGUUACAAACCAGAUUUCACAGACACAUUCACUUACAUGUGUGCGGGGCCUUAUCCAGUAACAACAGUAAAGUUACUUUGUUAUGUUGAACCAUUCAGAAAUUUUACAGCAAUAUUUUUAAUCAUUACUUGCCUCUGUCUAUCUGUCUCAGUGUCUUUCUGUCUCUUGCCUUUUCCCUGCCUGUCUAUGUGUCUCUCUAUCUCUUUCUCUCACUCUCUGUCUCUCUCUGUCUCUCUGUCUCUCUCUCUCUCUCAGUGUUGAUAGGUGCAUUGAACCUAUACAUUUACCAUCUCUCUCUCUCUCUCUCUCUCUCUCUCUCUCUCUCUCUCUCCCUCCCUCCCUCCGCAAUUCUAUGUGUUGCUCUGCUUAUUUUGUUUCCUUGUUGACAAAGAAUCAAACUCAUGUACAAAAUGACUUCCUUCCAUCUCAGAGUAAGCCAGUGAUGUGACACUGACGGUUGUGACAAUUGUCUGCAAGUGUAAAUGUCAGGAUUUUGUUGAUUCUCUACUCAGUAGAUUGCUAUGUUUUCUUUUCUUGACAUGCAACCGUUACUUUGUGUACAAAAAUUAUGGACUGUUUGUGUCUUCUGGGGUCAGUGAGAUAUCAGUAUCGAUUGGUCCAUUUGAUGUGGGUUGGUCAGUGAGAUCAGGGUUAAAGUUUACCAUUUGCAGUUUAGUACCUUUUUUUUGUCUUUUUUUUGUUUCCUUUUUUGGGGGCCCUUUUUAUUUUGAGGAUAGUGGGCAGGAAAAUGUUUUUGAUCAUGUAUAAAGCUAAAGAAUAUGUCUUUGUCAUUAUUUUGCUCUGUUCUAACUCUAGUGUUUGUUUUCUUUUAAGGAUUAUGGGCAGAGGAUUUUUUUUAAAAUGUUGCAAAACUAAAGAAUGUGUCUUUGUCAUUAUUUUUCUCUUUUCGUAUUCUAGUAUUUACGAGGCUCAGUUUAUUGAAGAGAGCUGUUACUGUGAGAGUGGAUGGAGCUGAAUGUUAUUGUGUAAACAACUUGUGGAUAGAUCUGUAUGUAAACUCGCUACGGUACUGUACAAAGUCUUAGUCAUGUAGUUUCUUUGACAUGCUGCUCUCUGUACGCAGGUUUUCUGUGUCAAACAACUGUGUUGCUUUACAGUAGGCCUACAGCAUGGCUCGUCGUUAUGUCUGUGUUUCAUAUUUUAUAUAACUGACAAAUAAAUUUAUUUAUGCUUUUAGUGGCUCAGCCUGCUCUGGUAGUUGGUCCUUACAUGGUAUAUAUGACUUAUGUCCGCAUCAGAAAAGUUUGCGAUGUUUGUCACUAGACCAAUGUUCUGAAUGCAUGCAACAUUUCCUGUGAUGGAAUCUAGUGCUGCUUACAUGAAAGCAAGUGUAAAUUACAGAAUUAUCAAAAGUGUUGUUGUCAUGGUUGUAAAGAUAUUCUAGCGCCUGUACUUACAUGUAUUAUGAACGUGAAAUAUGAUCAUGCUCAAAAGCAUGGAACCUGCCUUUACUUUGAGUCUAUGUCAAAUUUGACUCUCAUUUGUAUUUCCUCAAACAGGCUAGUCCUGUUUCUGAGUGCGCCAUAAAUUCCUACAAUGUGUAGAUCUAUAGAGAUGUACAAUGUAUAGAUUUAUAGAUUUAUAUAUAAAUCUACAAUGUAUAGAUCUAUUUAGAUAUACAAUGUAUAGAUUCAUAUAAAUCUACAAUGUAUUGACCUAUAGAUGUACAAUGUACUGAUUUAUACAGUAGAACACAGCUAUUGCGGGAUUUUUGUUUCUGGAAGAAACAUUAUUAAUCCACAUUAUGACCUCCCUUCCAAAUCAAUAAAAUUUGCGCUUUAGAUUAGUCUUCCUAUUCUCUUCAACUUCGUUGAUUAUCUCGGCCUUUAAUUCAAGUGAGAAGCAUUUCCUUUUGUCUUUGUUGGAAGUCGUCUUUUCAUCAGUCUCGUUGCUUGUGCUAUCUAUUGUACUGGUAGGCCUACUGUAGAACUGGUGAAGUGGAUGUGUGGGUAUGCUUGAGCAUCAACGAUGGCAAUUCAAUGAAUCAGGAAUCACACACUACACGCUCUCCUCUUCUUUUCCUUUUUGGCCCCAUCUCUCUCUACCACCCGCCAAACCUCUCUCAUCACUGGACUGGCAAAUCACAACGCCGCACUGCUGACUGCCUGUUUGUUUGGAUCCUUCCUACAGCCUCCCACCCGUAACCCCCCUCCCCCCCACCCCCAGCUGAGCUCGCGCGGUCUCGCCCGCUGUAUUUGAGCGGGCUUUUCCUUGCCCCGCUAAACCCGAGCACAGGUAAUUGAGUUAACAUAGAAAAAAAAAAGGGGACGGGGGGGAUUCCGGUAAGGUCCUGCUGUAGGGAUGGUCCCGCUGUAGUGGAUGCCACUAUGGUCAUGUUCUACUGUAUAUAGAUCUUCAAUGUAUAAAAUAUAGAUCUACAUAUGUUAUAGAUCUAUAUAUAUAUAUAUAUUAUAUGGAUGUACAAUGUAGGCCUAUAGAACUAUAGGUGUACAAUCUGUAGGUCUGUAUAGAUGUGCUGUGCAUAGAUCUGUAUAGAUGUAGGCCUACAAUGUAUAGAUCUAUAGAUGUACAUUGAAUAGAUCUAAAUGUACCUUGGAUAAAUCUAUAUGUUUCCAAGUGGGCGAAAGGUUUUCAAGAUAAUUAGCUUUGAAAUUCUCUGUUUUUCAAUUAAUUAAUAUAAUUUAGUCACUUAUUGUGAAAGCUUAUAAUAUUGGUCUAAACUUUUUCAAAGCAUCUAAUCUUUGUUCUUUAUUGGCCAUAUAGAGGUGAAGACCUUAUUAUUCAUGUUCAGCCAACCUCUUGGAGUAGUCUUUGGGAAAGACGUCAAGUAUCAAAUUGAUGCCUUUUGGGAGCCUUUUUGAUGGAGAUUCUGUUUGUGUCUAUCCGUUUAAAAGAAGGUACCAAGGCAUUUUCUGUGUGGUCAGUAGUAGUGAGAUGUAUAAUAGUGGCCUGUCAAAGGGACAUAAUCUGUCUGCUUUCAUCUCUCAACCGUGGUGUUGUGGUUACGCACUUCUUGCUGCCGCAGGCUGGAAACCCAAGUUCAAUUCCAGAGUGGGAAGAAUUUUCAUCAAGUAUCUCGGUCUUUCUGCUGGGAUGCUGUAUCCCCCUCUGAUUGGUCCUAACAGGCAUGGUCAGAAGUCCAGCUCCUAUUUUAUCAAAAUUGUGUUGAUGGGGGGCUUUAAACCACCUAGAUUAGAAAGAAAGUUGUUAUUUGAUCAGGUUGCUAUCUCAUCCUAGCCAGACUGACCGCGAGAGACACUCUAGUUGUGCCCUUGACCCAUGUGAAAAAGCGACACAUGAAAAUAAAGACAUAACUCUUUGUCAGAUUCUUUCUUCUCUACAUACAAAAGAUUUCAUCUGUCCUUGAAAUGAUUUCUUCGCUCCCGUCCACUAAUGUUUUUCCAAAUCUGUUUACAAAUAGGAUGAUAACUGGAACAGCUCUUGCAUUUUCUCAUUUAAUCUACCAUCUGGCUCAUCUUGAAAUUCUCCUAUCAUAAUGUGUCCCAACAGAAGCUACUCAAGAUUUCUGGUGUGUGUGGACAGACGUUGUGUCCUCGGGAAAGGCACUUAACAGUUUACACAAAUUUCCUAUUUGGUUCAGUCUUUUCGGAGAUGAAAAUUAAACUUAGAGGUCACAUCCCUUAAAUAGCCUAAUAUUAAUAGUGUUGAGGAAGAUACAGUGGCGUCCGCUUAAACUGAACACAGUUAAUCCGAAAACAGCAGUCAACCAAAAAAGGAACAAGAAAAAAAUAUAUAUAUAAUCCCCGAUAUUUUCUGUUUGAACAAAUUCUUUGAGAUGAAAACUCACUAAACCUAAGAAAAUCCGGCAGUCCCACAGGUUUUGGUUUGAGUUUGAGUGGACUCCACUCACUGUAUAUUUGACCUUUAUUUGCGUUAGAGUAAAAUAGUAGUAAAAUAGAUAAGCUGAGAGCUUAUAAUUUUGAUGAAGUAGAUCUCCAUGCAAUAGUAGCCUGCCCUCUUCGCUGACGUAAGAGAACUCCCAUCAUAUUUUGUUCUGCUCGUUAUAACAAUGACGUAUGUACCAUGUAUGUAUGUGCGUGCUGGUUGUAGGUUGUAUCGUCCGUGCAUCCAGCGAGCGUCCCAAGUCGUUACAUGUUGCUAUAAGACCGUGUCUUCAAUUUACUCAUUCUAACAUUGACAAUAAAUAUAUUCAAGCACCAGAGCUUUGAUAUACCACG